GGACAAGUCAUUUUAGCAUUACUCAUGUUGUAAUAAUACAAGACAUCACCUGCACCACAAGAUACAUGACCAAUACACCAUGGGAAAUGAAACCACAGACUACACCGACUGGCCACUCACAACAGAAUUUGACUACAGUGAUUCCACACCUUGCCCUGCAACUGAGGAAAAGCACUUUGCAGCAAAAUUUUUGCCACCUCUUUAUUCUUUAGUGGUGAUAUUUGGCCUGACCGGCAACCUGCUUGUUGUCCUUAUCCUGGUCAAAUACAAGAGGCUGAAGAGUAUGACUGACAUCUACCUGCUCAACUUGGCGAUUUCUGAUCUGCUGUUUGUGUUUUCUCUCCCCUUUUGGGCUUAUUACGCAGUUCACGACUGGAUUUUUGGGGAGGCGCUCUGUCGAAUUCUGUCAGGUGUCUACCUCCUUGGCUUCUACAGUGGCAUCUUCUUCAUAAUCCUGCUGACCCUGGACAGGUAUCUGGCCAUAGUGCAUGCGGUGUUUGCUUUGAAGGCCAGGACAGUCACCUACAGCAUCCUCACAAGUGUCAUCACUUGGGUUGUUGCCAUUCUUAUUUCUGUCCCUGGGGUAGUGUUUCACAAAACCCAGAAGGAAAGUUCAGGCUAUACUUGCAGUGCUCAUUAUCCAUCAGAGCACAGAAAUACAUGGAAGCAAUUCCUCACCUUAAAAAUGAACAUUCUGGGACUUUUUAUUCCGAUGUUAAUCAUGAUCUGCAGCUACACACGAAUUAUAAAGACAUUACUGCAAUGUAGGAAUGAGAAGAAACAUAAAGCAGUCAGGCUUAUUUUCAUUAUCAUGAUUAUCUACUUUUUUUUCUGGGCACCAUACAACAUCUGCAUUCUCUUGCGUGAUUUUCAGGGUGUAUUUUCCAUCUCUACUUGUGAAGGAAAUGGUCAACUGCACAAGGCAAUCCAAGUGACAGAAACAAUCUCAAUGAUCCAUUGUUGUAUCAACCCUGUAAUCUAUGCCUUUGCUGGAGAAAAAUUUAGAAAAUAUCUUCGCAGCUUUUUCCGAAAGCAGAUUGCAGUCCACUUGUCUAAAUACUGUCCUGUUUUCUAUGCUGACACAGCUGAACGAGCAAGCUCCACCUACACACAAUCUACUGGAGAACAAGAAGUCUCUGUUGCAUUAUGAGCUGUGUGUAGUGAAAAAAUGGGAUUGACUCUCUUGAGAUCAAUUCUAUGUAGAAAGCCUGCUGAAUCUCUCCUGGAUAUUGUCUCUAAGGCAGCUGAAAAAAAAAAAAU